AUUGUCUCACUUUUCACUUGUGCCUUCUGCAACGGGUGGUAAAAAACACUAUAUUUAAUCGCAAAGCUUUCACAACAAGAUAUUUCAAAAAAAAAAACUGUAAGUCAUGCUUGUAUAGAUUUGGAGGCCACGGUUAUGGCGCUCGUUGGACUCCUUCCUACAAUUUCCUUACACUUAACGGCGAAUUGUUUCAGCAGAAGGUCAGAACUGAAGCAAACACUGGCCAGGGUUCGAAUUGCAGCGCCUGUUGUGUGUCUCAAUGUAAGAACGCCCUCAUGGUCGUCUCUUCUUCCGGCCCGCUAUAUCUACAGUUCCGACAUUGCAGAUGUUGACCCCCUUCAGCUUGGUGAGUUGUGGGCAAAGACCUUGGAACUGAGGAGGGAUCCAGUAAAAAUUAUGAAGUCCUUGAAACAUAGUUAUGCGUUUGUUGCUGUCUUAACAAGGGAAGAGAAAGCAGAGGGUGCUCAGACAAAGAUUGUCGGUAUCGGACGUGCAAUUUCUGAUGGGGCAUUUAUUGCUACUAUCUGUGAUGUUGCAGUUGAUCCAGCACACCAGAGAAGGGGUAUCGGACGGAAAAUUGUCAGAUAUCUAGCCAAGGCUGUGAAAAAGAUGGAUGGACCAGCUGGGUUUGCUGUCUUUCCUCCACCUCUUGCAAGGCGCUUCUUCUGGAUGAUAGGUUUUAGGUCUGAUAAAAAAUUCUAUUUUAUGGUGUACCAAGGGAAGCUUUUAGAUGAUGCUGUCUCAUCAGAGUUGAACUCAAUGGCUAGUGAAGAAAAAGUAAAAUUAUGAUCAAGUCCAUUGCAAAUGGUUUUUUGGCCCCCCUUCUGCUUUAAUUAGCCAUAGACUGUGGCCACAAUUGUAUAAAUAUCAAAAACACCAAACAAAUUAAAACUGGAGGUUAUUAGGCAGUGGCAGUUCAUUUGGCAAAAUGUUAUUUUAUUUGUUCAUGUCUUUCAAUAAGGACAUUGUUUAAUUGGAUUCUUCAAAGGGAUCAAUAAGUGUCUUUACCGAAAUAGACUAAUGCAAAAUUCUUGGACUUCAAAUGCU